CAAACAUCUAAUAAUAGCGACUAAAUGCACAAUAUGAUCGUGCAUCAACUAUUUAAAAGCGCUUGUGUAGCGGGGUUUGUCUUAGCACGACCUAGCUUAGAACUCGAAAGACGUAGCGAUAACCCUUUAGCUGGGCACGGGUCAUUGAGAGUGUUUGACGUAAAUAAUUUCAAUUCUUUAUCAACUGGUCAAGCUCCAGAUAUGUAUGAUAUAUUCGCCGCUGAGAAGGAUGGGUGUUUCGGUGCCAUACGUGAUCAUUCUCAGUGUACACCCAAGAAAAGAAACCACAACAUCAUAGCGCAGAAUCGAAUGAAGACUUCGGAAAAUAUCAUGAAGGUUCCAAUCUUAGCUGGGACCUACGCCGGAGAUCAAGAGGGAUCAGGGUCACAAUUUUACACAAACCAAUUGGAUUCUCUCUGGGGACUACUAGCCGCUACGCUAGAGUAUGAAGUUUAUUUUGACGACGAUUUUGAUUUUGCGAAGGGAGGUAAACUUCCAGGUGUGCAUGGGGGUGAUAGAUCGUGUAGUGGUGGCUAUAAGGCCAGAGGAAAUGAUUGUUUCAGUACCAGGCUAAUGUGGAGGGAAAAUGGCGAGGGUGAGGCAUAUCUAUAUCUACCGAUGGCCUUACAGAGUGACAACUUUUGCGAAAAAUGCUCUGGAUAUUCAAAAGGCACCACCUGCGACGAGAUGACCUAUUGCUCUUUAAAUCGUGCGUCGUUUUCAUUCAUCAAAGGUCAAUGGAACAAGAUCAAGAUGCAAGUGUGGAUGAACACUGACGGCAACCAGGACGGUUAUUGGAACUUAUUUCAUAAUGAAAAACUUGUCAUGAAUGAGAAUUCACUGACAUAUCGAAUCGAUGACUCAGUACCAUUAUCUGGUAUGUUUUUCAGCACCUUUUUCGGUGGAGGUAGUUCAGACUAUGCCCCCGAUUAUGACACACACAUCGAUUUUAAGGGCUUUAGACUCACAGCCGGUAUCAUCUAAACACGACAGCACAAUAUCAGGAUAGAUGUUAUCAACUAGAACUUAUAAUAUAAAUUGAUAAAUAAAUAAUACGAGAAUUUGAGAACA